CUGGCCGGGACUCCUAUUGCUCUGGCUGCAGGGACCCUCGGGCUGGGCGGGCACAGCCACGGGACUCUGUGGGGGGUGGGGGCCUGGGCGCCCUCCCAGCCCGCCUUCUCCUGGCAGAAGCUGGGUCUAGUGCCUCCCUCACCACCCCGCCUCCUACUGCCUUCGAGGAGGGUGUCCCUGGGGCUCCACCCCCUCUGCCUGACCCCCAACCCUGGCAGUGAUGGCCGGGCUCAGCUGGGAGAGAGCUGGAGGGGGCAGGAGAGCGGGUCAAUGCAGGAACCACUGCUGGAGACUCCCGGCGGAGUAAGCUAAUCCCAAGGCCACAGGGACGUCUCAACACGUGCCAGGAGUCCCUCUCUGUGCCUGGGAGCAGGUGCAGGAGCCCCCCCCCAGGACCGCAGUCUCAGCCACACCCCUCUUACCUCUCCUGCUGACCCACAGGUGGGCCCGGGGCUCCUCGGAGCCGUCCUGUCCCCCCACCAGGACCCUCCCCCAGGGAGACCUCGCCUGCACCUCCUCUCCUUAGAAGCUCCCUGCGGUGCUGAAGCUGACUCCCCAUGGCCUCGCUGAGCCGAGUCCUGCGUGGCAUGGCGGCCACCCGUCCUUGCCAGAGGGGCCGGGGGCUGAGACCCCUGGUGAGUGGGCCUGGCCCCACCUCUGAGAAGAGCGCGCCAUACCAGCGGACCCUGAAAGAGGCAGAGGACGCCUCGGCAGUGCCCCGGGGCCCAAGCCAGCCCCUGCCUGGCACAGCCAGCGUGGUGGUCAUCGGCGGGGGCAGCCUGGGCUGCCAGACCCUCUACCAUCUGGCCAAGCUGGGCGUGAGCGGGGCCGUGCUGCUGGAGCGGGAGCGGCUGACCUCCGGGACCACCUGGCACACGGCAGGCCUGCUGUGGCAGCUGCGGCCCAGUGACGUGGAGGUGGAGCUCCUGGCACACACAAGGCAAGUGGUGAGCCGUGAGCUGGAGGAGGAGACGGGGCUGCACACGGGCUGGAUCCAGAACGGAGGCCUGUUCAUCGCGUCCAGCCGGCAGCGUCUGGAUGAGUACAAGAGGCUCAUGUCGUUGGGCAGGGUCUAUGGCAUCGAGUCCCACGUGCUGAGUCCCGGGGAAACCAAGGCUUUGUAUCCGCUGAUGAACGUGGAGGACCUCUACGGGACACUGUACGUGCCGCACGACGGUACCAUGGACCCCGCCGGCACCUGCACCAGCCUCGCCCGGGCUGCCACUGCCCGGGGGGCGCAGGUCAUCGAGAACUGCCCGGUGACCGGGAUCCAUGUACGGACAGAUGAUUUUGGGGUGCUGCGGGUUGCAGCUGUGGAGACAGAACACGGCUCCAUCCGGACCCCCUGUGUGGUCAACUGUGCAGGGGUGUGGGCGCGCGCCGUGGGCCGGAUGGCCGGCGUCAACGUCCCGCUGGUGGCCAUGCACCAUGCUUAUGUCGUCACCGAGCGCAUCGAGGGGAUCCAGAACAUGCCCAACGUCCGCGACCACGACGCCUCCGUCUACCUCCGGCUGCAGGGGGACGCCUUGUCUGUGGGCGGCUACGAGACCAACCCCAUCUUCUGGGAGGAGGUGUCAGACGAGUUUGCCUUCGGCCUCUUCGACCUGGACUGGGAUGUGUUCACCCAGCACAUUGAAGGUGCCAUCAACCGGGUCCCUGUGCUGGAGAAAACCGGGAUUAAGUCCACAGUCUGCGGCCCUGAGUCAUUCACCCCGGACCACAAGCCCCUGAUGGGGGAGGCGCCCGAGCUCCGUGGGUUCUUCCUGGGCUGCGGCUUCAACAGCGCAGGAAUGAUGCUGGGCGGUGGCUGCGGGCAGCAGCUGGCUUAUUGGAUCGUCCACGGGCGCCCGGAGAAGGACAUGCACAGCUAUGACAUCAGGCGCUUCCACCGCUCACUCACAGACCACGGCCGCUGGAUCCGGGAGCGCAGCCACGAGGCCUACGCCAAGAACUACUCCGUCGUCUUUCCCCAUGAUGAGCCACUGGCCGGACGCAACAUGCGGAAGGGCCCCCUGCACGAGGAGCUCCUUGCACGAGGCUGCGUGUUCCAAGAGCGGCACGGCUGGGAGCGGCCGGGAUGGUUCAGUGCCCAGGGCCCAGCUCCGGUGCUCCCCUACGACUACUGCGGGGCGUACGGGCGUCGGGCCCACGAGGACUACACCUACGGCCGGCUGCUGGGCCAGGAGUACACCUUCAGCGUCCCUCCGCACCACCACGUGAUCAAGGAGGAGUGUCUGGCCUGUAGAGGGGCCGCGGCCGUGUUCGACAUGUCCUACUUCGGGAAGUUCUUCCUGUUGGGCCCGGAUGCCAGGAAGGCUGCUGACUGGCUCUUCUCUGCCGACGUCAGCCGGUCCCCAGGCUCCACGGUGUACACGUGCAUGCUGAACCACCGCGGGGGCACAGAGAGCGACCUGACCGUGAGCCGCCUGGCCCCCGGCCCCCAGGCCUCCCCGCUGGCCCCCGCCUUUGAAGGCGACGGAUACUACCUGGCCGUGGGCGGGGCUGCAGCCCAGCACAACUGGUCCCACAUCAGGACCGUGCUGCAGGACCGGAAGUUCCGGUGCCAGCUCAUCGACAGCUCCGAGGACCUGGGCCUGAUCAGCGUCCAGGGCCCGGCCAGCCGGGCCAUUCUCCAGGAGGUGCUGGAGGCCGACCUGAGCGACGACGCCUUCCCCUUCUCCACCCACAAGCUGGUGAGAGCCGCCGGGCACCUGGUCCGGGCUGUGAGGCUGUCCUUCGUGGGGGAGCUGGGCUGGGAGCUGCACGCCCCGAGGCCGUCCUGCCUGCCCGUGUACCAGGCGCUGAUGACCGCGGGGGCCAAGCACGGCCUCGUCAAUGCCGGCUACCGGGCCAUCGACUCCCUGAGCAUCGAGAAAGGCUACCGGCACUGGCACACCGACCUCCGGGCUGAUGACAGCCCGCUGGAGGCGGGCUUGGCCUUCACCUGCAAGCUCAAGUCCUCCAUCCCCUUCCUGGGGCGCGAGGCCCUGGAGAAGCAGCGGGCCGAGGGCCUCCGCCGGCGCCUGGUGGGCUUCACUGUGGAUGAGAAAGUGCCCAUGUUCGGGCUGGAGGCCAUCUGGAGGAACGGCCAGGUGGUGGGCCACGUCCGGAGGGCUGACUUCGGAUUCACCAUCAAUAAGACCCUGGCCUACGGCUACAUCCGAGACCCCAGCGGCGGGCCGGUCUCCCUGGACUUCGUGAAGAGUGGGGACUAUGCCCUGGAGAGGAUGGGGGUGACCCACGCUGCCCAGGCCCACCUCAAGUCUCCCUUCGACCCCGACAACAAGAGGGUGAAGGGGGUCUACUGACGGCCGCGGGCAGGGCCUCAGCUGGUCCGAGAGUCAGCGACCAGCCUCCCCAGCCCACGCUGCCCAUUCCCAGGGACCCACGCUGCCCAUUCCCAGGGACCCGCGCCGCCCUGGACGCCAGGACCCAGACCCUGGCUGGAACGUGGGCUCCCUUGCCCUUUGUCGAGAGCUACUUGCCAUGGCCCCCAAAGAUGCAGACAGAGGGGGUGGAAAGAGGACCCAGAAGGCCCAUUCUGUGGUCACUGACAGAAGGGGGCUCUCGAGUCCACCCCCACCCCCCCCAUAAAAGCCACCCGCAGUGCCUUGGGCUCAGGGACCAGCCUGUAGCCCUGGAGAGCUUCUGAAGAGGAGCUUAGGAAACCCUCGAGAAGGCCUCGUGAAAGCGGGCGGCAAAGAGCAUCACCCAGUGCUCUGUCCCUGAAGGGCAGGCUGUCCGUAGCGGCCUUGAGGGCUGUGGGUGUGUUUGGCAGGGGAGACCGUGUGGGAUUGAUUGGUGCUGUCUGCCUCGGGCACAGCAGUGACGGCGGAGAGCAGGCGUGCCAGACGGGCACCGUCCCGAGGUCAGAGUUGGCAGGAUGGUCUGUUCCCAGGUCCCAGGAAGGAAGGGUGGAUCCAGAAAGCGAGCUCUGCUUGUCUUCACACGGGGAAGCCCCCAGAGAGUUCCCAGCCCUGAAAUUGGCUCCAGGAGCAGGGCUGGGAGGGUCUCAGCUGGGCCCCCGACACACAAGGUGCAGAAGCUCCCUCUCCUGCCCUGGUUUCCCCCGGGGCCCCUUGCUCACCAUGUCAGAGACAAAGGGGUGCUGCCGGGUGAGGACCUGUCAGGACCCCCCUGCCCGGGGGGCCUCUGUCCUUGCUGUCUGACUCAGCUCUAGGCCUCAUCCCCCCCUCUUCCAGUCCCUGGGGGUGGCACUCUCCCUGGGCCUGAGAUGAGGUGACCCUGCUGUCCCCAUCCCAGGGCCUUCAGAACUGCCCAUCCUCCCUGCGGGGACCGGCGCCUGGCCCGGGCACCCAGACAACCCCCGGGGGAGGGGGCUCAAGGAGACGCGGGCAAGAAGGCGUGCGGUGACUGGGUGCAGAAAGUCCUGGUGGGCCUGGGGUUGGUUUCAGAGGUGCCAUCCCACUCAGCGCCCUCUGUGGACUGGGCUGAAACGGCUCAGGCUAAUAAAGUCAAGGCCAUGGGAA